AGGCGCCUACACGGCGGGCGCGCCGCACGGGACUCCAGAGUCGCCGGGAGAGACCCCAGGUCCCUGCUGACUCCCCGGCAGAGUUUGCAAGUGGUCUUGAGACCCCUCUGGCCCCUCCCAGCAUGGUGCGGUGCCUAUGAGGCAUCUCAAGCCUGCCCUGUUUGGUGUCUGGCAGCCCUGAGCUGGAGGCUGGAAAGAAUGGGAAUCCCCCAGCUGCUGUUUCCACGAGGCGGAUGCAGCCAGACCCAAGACCAGCACCGGGGCCGCAGUGAUGCAAUGCAGCCCCCACAGGCUCCAGGAACCCAGGCAGGACUCAAAGGGGGCUGCAGCUGCUGGUGACCCUCCGGAGCGCCUCCGACUGCUGCGAUCCAAGUUCUUGGGGAAGUCUUUGAAGGGAAGGACAAGAUGUAGGCAAAAAGGACCCACUCUGGGCCGUCCUUGACCCAGAAGCUCACCUUGACCUUGGGAAGUCCGGUUGCUUUCUCCUUUCUCUUGGCCUCCGUCAAAGACCCACCCCUGGGGUCCCAACGCCCCCCAGUCCAUCUCCUCAGCCCCGCCCAACGAGCCAGUCCGGAAUGGUUCUGCCAUGGCGAAGGUCUGGCUCCGGGUCCAGCGGUACUUCCGCCGCAAACCUGUGCGCUUCUUCACCUUCCUGGCGCUCUACCUGACCGCUGGCAGCCUGGUCUUCCUGCACUCGGGCUUCGUGAGCCAGCCCGCCCUCUCGCAGAACCAGGCCAAUCCAGCCGGGGCCCCGGCCCAGGCUGCCGAGCUGCCCUUUCUGGGCGCCUUGCACCUGGGCAGGGGCUUCCGGGAGCCGGCAGAGGCCUCGAGCAUCACGCGCAGGUACGGGCCCUGGUUCAAGGGCAAGGACGCGAAUGAGCGCACCAAGCUGGGCGACUACGGGGGAGCUUGGAGCAGAGCCCUCAAGGGAAGGGCUGUCCGGGAGAAGGAGGAGGAGCGAGCCAAAUACAUCGGCUGCUAUCUGGAUGACACCCAGAACCGGGCUCUGCGAGGCAUGUCCUUUUUCGACUACAAAAAGAUGACCGUGUUCCGUUGCCAGGACAACUGUGCUGAACGGGGCUACCUGUAUGCCGGGCUGGAGUUCGGCGCCGAGUGCUACUGCGGCCACAAGAUCCAGGCGGCCAACGUGAGCGAGGCUGAGUGCGACAUGGAGUGCAAGGGCGAGCGGAGCAACGUGUGUGGCGGCGUCAACCGCCUCUCCAUCUACCGGCUGCAGCUGGCCCAGGAGUCGGCGCGCAGGUAUGGAAGCGCCAUCUUCCGAGGCUGCUUCCGCAGGCCCAGCAACCUCUCCCUGGCCUUGCCCGUGACGGCCGCCAUGCUGAACCUGUCUGUGGACAAGUGUGUGGACUUCUGUACUGAGAAGGAGUACCCACUGGCGGCUCUGGCGGGCACUGCCUGCCACUGCGGCUUCCCCACCACGCGCUUUCCCCUGCACGAGCGGGAGGAUGAGCAGCUCUGUGCGCAGAAGUGCAGCGCGGAGGAGUUCGAGAGCUGCGGCACGCCCAGCUAUUUCAUCGUGUACCAGACACAGGUGCAAGUCCAAGCUGACAUACAAUCUAACUACCACAUCGUGGGGGACCUGGGCGAGUUAUCUCCCAUCCGGGUGUCACCCUCCACCUGUGAAAUGAAGCUCUACUACUUUGACGGCUCCCUCUACAACAAAGGCUUUAAAGGUGAGCGUGACCACUGGCGCAGCGGGCGGACCAUCUGCAUCAAGACUCACGAGAGUGGCCAGAAGGAGAUCGAGGCCUUCGAUGCUGCCAUCCUCCUCAUCCGGAACCCCUACAAGGCCCUCAUGGCAGAGUUCAACCGGAAGUACGGAGGCCACGUGGGCUUCGCUGCCCACGCCCACUGGAAGGGCAAAGAGUGGCCGGAGUUCGUGAGGAACUAUGCGCCGUGGUGGGCCACCCACGCGCUGGACUGGCUGAAGUUCGGCAAGAAGGUGCUGGUGGUGCACUUCGAGGACCUGAAGCAGGACCUCUUCGUGCAGCUGAGCCGCAUGGUUCGCCUGCUGGGCGUGGCGGCGCGCGAGGACCGGCUGCUGUGCGUGGAGAGCCAGAAGGACGGCAACUUCAAGCGCUCGGGGCUGCGCAAGCUGGAGUACGACCCCUACACGGCCGACAUGCAGGCGGCCAUCUCCACCUACAUCAAGACGGUGGACGCCGCCCUGCGGGGCCGCAACCUCACGGGCCUGCCCGGGGACUACUUCCCCAGGUGACGGGGCCGGUCAUGCCAGACCCAGCCGAGCCAGGACUCCGGUCCCUCGGCCACCCGCCCCACCCCUCUGCGCGCUCUCUGGCUGGGGACACCCCUUUGGCUGCCGUUUGCCACCUAUGCGUUUCCUGCAUGACCAAGGAGGCUCAGAAUCGAGACUGCCCAGGCACUGCCCACGCCCCCACCCUGCCAGGAGAUGCCCGGUUUGGAGGACUCCGACCACGCGCCCCACUGCUCACCCCCCUUGCAUCACUUCUAGGAGGGGCGACUUCUCAGUGUCAGGGGGAAGGCUGGGGGUCCGCAGCAGGUUUGGGGGACCCUGACCACAGAACUAAUGGGUCGUUGUAAAAGGAAAGAAAGUGGUCUUCCAUCCGGGGCUCAUCUUGGGUGGCAACGCCUUCUCUUCCUGACCCAGCUGGGCAGCAGAACGCACCUGCAUUGACCAUGUGUCUUUUGGAAGAAGGUGCUGGAAAGUAUCCCCGUGGCCCUACGGAGGUCCCUGGCAUUCUGGGUAGGGGGCAAGGAGGCACCAGUGCUCACCGUUGGACACG